AUGGCCCCUUACUUACCACAGAGUGGGGCUGGUGGUGGUGGCAGUCCAUACUCUGAAGGCGGUGCUCUCUAUGCCCUAGGCUUGAUUCAUGCAAACCAUGGGGAGGGUAUCAAACAAUUUCUUCGUGAUAGCCUAUGCAGUACCAACGGAGAGGUUAUUCAGCAUGGUGCAUGCUUGGGUCUGGGCUUACCUGAGGAGUCAGGUGAUUCUCGGAGUGGACUUCACUUGUCUACCCCAAAGAGAAUGGUUGUUUCUCCCUUGAAGAAGCACGAAAUUAAGAAAUUGGCAAGGAGGAGAAAAAUUAAGAGAUGGAGUACACUGGAAGAAGACACUUUGAGAACUGGCGUGCAGAAGUUUGGUAGAGGGAACUAGAAGCUCAUCUUAA